AAGCAUUUAUCGAAUGCAUAUUUACAACAGCUGUCUCUUGUUUUUCCAGCGAAUUCAUACCGCACCAUCCCCUGACUAAUUUUCCGUUGCACUUUUCGUGUACUUUGAAUGAAAAAAAAACCGAAGCCACUACUCGCGCCUGCGCAGUUGCACUGCCGGGGUUAUCAAAUAAACUAAUCUAAUCGUUCCGUAAACGCAGCCUGACAUUCCGCCCUACCAUUCUCCGGUGAACAGUUAGUUAGUUUCGCACGAAAGCCGCUCCCGCUCGCAUCGUAACCUAGAAAACAUUAGCACACAAUAUGACUUCAAAGCUACUGCCCGGAAACAUUGUGUACGGAGGUCCUUUGACUGAACGGGAGGCCCAGGACUGCAGAUCCCUGGGUCAGUACAUUCUCGACAAGUACAAGAGCUUCGGCGACCAGACGGUGCUGGUGGAUGCUGUCAAUGGGGUGGAAUACACUGCCAGUUUCAUGCACAAGUCCAUUGUCCGGCUGGCAUGCAUCCUUCAGAAACUGGGAGUCAAACAAAAUGACGUCGUCGGUUUGUCUAGCGAGAACAGCGUUAACUUCGCCCUGGCCAUGUUCGCCGGUCUAGCAGUUGGAGCUACGGUUGCUCCCCUUAACGUAACUUAUUCCGAACGCGAAGUGGACCACGCGAUUAACCUGUCCAAGCCCAAGAUCAUAUUCGCCUCUAAGAUCACCGUUGAUCGCGUUGCUAAGGUGGCCAGCAAGAAUAAGUUCGUCAAGGGCAUCAUUGCGCUCAGCGGAACUUCCAAGAACUUUAAGAACAUCUAUGAUCUUAAUGAGUUGAUGGACAGCGACAAGUUCAAGACACAGCCUAACUUCACGAGCCCUGCGGCUAGUAAGGACGAGGACGUGUGCCUUAUUGUGUGCUCUUCUGGAACUACCGGACUACCUAAAGGAGUGCAGCUGACCCAAAUGAACCUUCUAGCCACUCUCGACUCUCAAAUCCAGCCCACCCUCAUUCCCAUGUCGGAGAUCACUCUGCUCACUGUCAUUCCCUGGUUCCACGCCUUCGGCUGCCUGACGCUUAUCACCACCGCCUGCCGUGGCGCACGAUUGGUGUACCUGCCGAAGUUCGAGGAAAACCUCUUCCUUUCUGCGAUCGAAAAGUAUCGCGUGAUGAUGGCCUUCAUGGUGCCUCCACUGAUGGUCUUUUUGGCUAAACACCCUAUUGUGGAUAAGUACGAUUUGUCCUCUUUGAUGGUUCUGCUGUGUGGAGCAGCCCCACUGAGUCGUGAAACUGAGGAUCAGAUCAAGGAGCGUAUUGGAGUGCCAUUCAUCCGACAAGGAUACGGCCUCAGCGAAUCAACGCUGAGUGUACUCGUGCAGACCGAUGAGUUCUGCAAGCCAGGCAGUGUGGGUGUUCUUAAGGUGGGAAUCUAUGCCAAGGUGAUUGAUCCCGACACCGGCAAGCUAUUGGGACCCAACGAGCGGGGCGAGCUCUGCUUUAAGGGCGACGGCAUCAUGAAGGGCUACAUCGGAGACACGAAGUCCACGCAGACCGCCAUCAAGGACGGUUGGUUGCAUACUGGUGAUAUUGGCUACUAUGAUGAUGAUUUUGAGUUCUUCAUCGUUGACCGCAUCAAGGAGCUGAUCAAAUACAAGGGAUUCCAGGUGCCGCCCGCAGAGAUUGAGGCUCUGCUUCUAACCAACGACAAGAUUAAGGAUGCGGCGGUCAUUGGAAAGCCAGACGAAGCGGCUGGCGAGCUGCCGCUGGCCUUUGUGGUUAAACAGGCUAACGUUCAACUAACCGAGAACGAAGUUAUUCAGUUUGUCAACGACAACGCCUCGCCUGCCAAGCGCCUGAGGGGUGGCGUGAUCUUUGUUGACGAAAUUCCAAAGAACCCCAGUGGCAAGAUUCUGCGUCGUAUUCUGAGGGAUAUGCUUAAGAAGCAAAAAUCCAAGUUGUAAGAGGGGUUCUCCCCUUACGGGUGUGUGUACAAACAAUUUACUAUGUGUAUGUUUUAUUAUUGCUAAACUUUGUUUUAUAAACUACCAACUGGUUGGGUUUCGAUUUA